GUGAAUCUGAACCAAUUUCUACCUUCAAAUGCUGAAUAUCUACUGAAACAAGGGUUGCCGGCAUUCGUACCAUUGUGUAUCGUAAGAUAAAGGUGCUUUUAUGCUUCCCCCACCCAGGAAUUCUCGAUCUCUGCUAAAGCGGACUUAAACGUACGCAGCAGGUGUUCUGUCGGAUUCUUCCCGACACCAGCUGCGUGUUUAUGUUGCGUAUUACCAGCUCUCAUGAACAGCACCAAUGUACUCAAAUUAGACAAGUUGAAACAACCUAUCGAUGGUGAGCAGGGCUCCUCCGGGUGAUAGAAUUGAACUCUUAAAAUUACAUUUCUGGGGAGAAGACGCUUCCCCGGCCGUUCAUUCUUCUGUCGUCAAAUCUGCUUCACUAUUAUGCUCCAAGAUCAUUCAAGCGUGAAUAGGUGCUUGUUGAUGAUCACGCGUCCUAUAGCCUAUGUCCGAGUCGGACGCUCCUCCGGAACCCGACUAUUGGCAUUGCCCAGCUCGUUCUCUCCACUCUUCCGCUGCAACUCAUCGACAGAAUUUUUUCUAGUACUAUUGAUCGCGGACGCUGCGUUCUUUUCGGCGGCUUUAAUCUCAACUUGUCUGCGGGGAGCUCUGCCAAUAGGCAUCUUUGGAGGAGCCAUCUUAGUACGAGUCAUCGAUGCUAGGAGAUCUUGCUCUGCAGUGGAGUAGUAAGAAGGGCACAUGCCUCGACAGUCGGACUUUUUGCUGCUUCUUUGAAACUCCUCCUCAAGUUCUUCUCUCACGCUCGUACCAGUUCUA